ACAAAGUCCUGCAGCAGGAUUUGUUCUGCAGCAGAAUCUGAUGCUCAGGCGUCUCAGUCCAACACUGACUUCAGUCAUCCGGUUUACAAAGAGAUCGCUGUGGCCAACGGACACAUCAACCGCAUGUCCAAGGACGAGCUCCGGAUCAAGUUAUCAGAGCUGAAACUCGACACGAGAGGAGUGAAGGAUGUGAUGAAGAAGAGGUUGAAGAGCCACUAUAAGAAGCAGAAGCUGAUGCAGUCCGCAGGUGAGGGGGGGCCCACCGACACCUACUACGACUACAUCUGUGUGGUCGACUUUGAGGCGACGUGCGAGGAAGAUAAUCCGUCGGACUUCCUGCACGAAAUCAUCGAGUUCCCUAUGGUCCUCAUCAGCACACACACGUUAGAAAUCGUCGACACCUUUCAGGAAUAUGUGAAACCUGAGUUGAACCCGCAGCUUUCAGACUUUUGUGUGAAGUUAACAGGAAUAACGCAGAAAAUGGUUGACGACGCAGACCCGUUCCCUGAAGUUCUUCAGCGAGUCGUGGCUUGGCUCCAGGAGAGAGAACUCGGGACAAAAUACAAAUAUGCCAUCCUGACUGAUGGGGCCUGGGAUAUGAGCAAGUUCCUCAACAUCCAGUGUCGUCUGAGCGACAUCCGAUAUCCUCAGUUUGCAAAGAAGUGGAUAAACAUAAGGAAAUCCUACGGCAACUUCUACAAGGUCCCUCGCACGCAGACGAAGCUGAGCACCAUGCUGGAGAAGCUGGGCCUGAAGUACGAAGGGCGGCCUCACUCCGGCCUGGACGACUCGCGCAACAUCGCCAGGAUAGCUCUUCGCAUGCUGAAGGACGGGUGUCAGCUGCGCGUCAACGAGCGGAUGCACGCCGGUCAGCUGCUGUCGGUCCCCAGCUCGGCUCCUGUGGAAGGAGCCCCCCCGCCGCACAGCCCCCGCAGUAGAGAGUAACGCCACAGACUCCGCCCCCCCCCCCACAAGAGUUUAAAAAAGAAUCCAAAGCACUUUACAGACUCGAGGUAAAGUUUUUAUUUUGGAGCUCGGUGACGGGGAUUUGAGUCUGAAAAAUAAAAGAGAUGUAAUGUAGAUUUUUCAGACUGUGCAGGUCUUCGAUUGUUUCUCUCUAAUCUCAUCUGCAGUUGUUUUUAAACCCACGUGUGAGGUCGUUCCACUGUGCUGUGGGAGGAGCUUCAGUCUUAUCUGUGUUAAAUCUGCCUCACGCCUUCUCAAGCUGCUAAAAACAUCCACAACAUGGAUCCACAUGAAUUUUAUUUCUCCCUUGAUUGUGAGGAUUUAGUUUUUUUUUUAUUCCUGGGUUUGAUCCCAAGAAAAAAAAAAACACUUUAGAGGCAAAAAAAAAAAAAAGUGUUGAUAUUCACUUUGUCUUUGUGCCAAUCGUGGUGCUGUUCUAAACAAAUCUACACAAAUGCUGCUACGCUGUGUUGUGUGAAGAGCUUCAGAGCCGCAACAUCGAACGACCGCUUUCCCACAGCGAGUCCAAGAGAACUCUCAUCGUCUGCGUGGAGAUCCUGAAACUAUCACGUGAAAACGUUGACGAACAGCUGAGGACACGUGAGUCCGUUGUGAGUUCUGUGCGAGUUCCGCCUCUGUUGUAGGAUCCCGACACCUUUUGUAUGGAAUUAAUGUUUAUUUCACGGAGCCUGAUCUAUUUUAACAGGAAUAAAUGUUCUUCCGAAUGCUAAAUCUUG